CAAGCCAAACUUUCCGAACUUCUCGCAAACCCAACAAAAACCCUUUCCCCAUCCCUUUUUCCUGCAAUAUUUUCUGAUUUCUCUGGUUUGAUCUCUCUGCAAAACAAGAUGAUGAUGAGUCGCGGCGCUAGGCGGCACGCCGGAUCGGUCUCCCGCUAUUUCUCCACGGCGGUUCUCCGCCCGGCGACUGCGGCAGCCAUGGAUGCCGGGAUCGGAGGCGCCUUCCGCGCCGGGAAUCCGACUAUGGCUUCUGUGGAGACGCGGAUGGGAUUCCCGGUUACUGGAUCGAGGCGGAUGAGUACGGUGGCUCUCGGCGACAAGCAGCAAGACGAGAAGAAGAUCGAGGGAAGCGCUGGCGGCGCCGCCGCAACCAAUACCGGCCCUAGUGGCGGGGAAAUUGUUAGUUAUUGGGGCGUUGCGCCGUCUAAGGUUUCCAAAGAGGAUGGGACAGAGUGGAAGUGGAGCUGCUUCAGGCCAUGGGAGACGUACAAGGCAGAUUUGAACAUAGAUCUGAAGAAACACCAUGUCCCCGUCACAUUCUUAGACAAGGUCGCGUACUGGACCGUCAAAUCUCUCCGAUUACCCACUGAUAUCUUCUUUCAGAGGAGGUAUGGCUGCCGUGCAAUGAUGCUGGAGACGGUGGCCGCCGUGCCUGGUAUGGUUGGAGGGAUGUUGCUCCACUGCAAGUCUCUCCGGCGAUUCGAGCGCAGCGGGGGAUGGAUCAAGGCACUCCUGGAAGAAGCGGAGAACGAGAGGAUGCAUCUCAUGACAUUCAUGGAGGUUUCGAAGCCCAAGUGGUACGAGCGGGCCCUGGUGAUCUCCGUUCAGGGCGUCUUCUUCAACGCUUACUUCUUGGCCUACAUCAUCUCCCCCAAGCUGGCUCACCGCAUCGUCGGGUACCUGGAGGAAGAGGCUAUUCAUUCGUAUACAGAGUUUCUCAAGGAGCUUGACAAGGGUAAUAUCGAGAACGUCCCUGCUCCGGCCAUCGCUAUUGACUACUGGCGCCUCCCGCCGAACUCCACUCUCAGGGAUGUUGUCAUGGUUGUCCGGGCUGACGAGGCCCAUCACCGUGAUGUCAACCACUUCGCUUCUGACAUUCAUUACCAGGGACAACAACUCAAGGACUCUCCGGCUCCUCUUGGGUACCAUUAAAAGUAAGGAACUCUAUGAUCAAUGACAAUACUCAAGAAGAUUUGUUUCAUUAUUUUUUUUUAAUUGCGGGUUUUUUAUGGAUGGUCUUGCUCAAACUGUAUCACAGUUAUAUGGUGCAUGAAUAUGUCGUGAAUUGUUAAAUAAAUCAUCAAAUUGUCAACGUUAGUGGGUUUUAG